AUGACAAUCUGGGACAGCAUAACCGGGCGCAAAUCUGCCUCGACCACCCAACAACCUCAAUCUUCCGAUUUCGUCAAAGAAGACAACUUCCAGCCUACCCCAUUCGACCCAUCCACCGCUAUUCAAAACCCCUCAGAGUUUCUCUACGCGGACCCGUCGCAACUGCACCCGCUCGCCGGCCUCAACCAAGACACCCUUGACUACCUCACGCUCGAAGAUUCGGUCCCCUCUGAGUUUGGUGGCCAGUCUGCACUUCCUAGCCGCGGCUGGUCGGAUGAUCUGUGCUAUGGCACUGGAAUCUCAUACGUGACUGCCUUGACAAUCGGCGGCACCUGGGGUCUCGCUGAAGGUUUACAAAAGAAUCCUCCCUCGAUGGCGCCGCGGUUACGGCUGAACGGUGUUCUCAACGCAGUAACACGAAGGGGGCCGUUCCUAGGGAACAGUGCGGGUGUGAUUGCCAUGUUGUACAAUGGGUUGAAUAGCACAAUUGGAUAUUAUCGGGGCAAGCACGAUUAUACCAACAGUGUUGUGGCCGGUGCGCUGAGCGGGGCGCUGUUCAAGAGUACGAGGGGAACUAGGCAGAUGGCUAUCAGUUCGGGGAUUUGCGCAAGUUUAGCGGGUGGUUGGGCGAUUACACGGAAGGUCUUCUUCGAGCCCGAUUCGAGGAUCACCGACGCGUUGCGUUGA